AUGACGAUAACGCGCGCCGGUGUUUGGGGCGUGACCGCUUCCGUGUGGGGAAGUCAAAAGUCGGUUGCUGACGGAUCGUCUAGUCUGCUUUUUAUUAUCAGUAGACAGUCGAGUCAAGUAGACACUGGAACUGUCAGUAGUAGUUCCAGACCCAAACACUCCCUCUCUCUCUCUUUGUCUCGCAACAAUGAUGAAUGGAGAAAAGAGGUCAACAAUCUUCCCCAGUCAAUUUCUCGGCUCACCCAACCUUUUAAUAUUGAAUAUUUAUUAAAAGAAAUUGAGAUUCCCCAAUACUACCUCCGUGGACCUCAAAUGGAUGAGAUCCCCGCUGCCGUAAACAGACAGUGGAGACCGACCCAGACUGAAGGAAAAGAAGACAACCAGGCCCUGAAAAUAGAGCUAUUAUGGGGAAUAAAAGCGAGACAAAGACCCGGCAAAUUCCCUGAAAUCCCAGGAUGA